CAAAAAUUUGGGGACAACAAUAAAGAUUCUGAGGUGUUUGUUGUUGCCCCCUCGACAGCACCUCUAAAUCCAGUUCUUGUGGAUCGCUUCUCAGGUGAGAUUAAAAAAAAAUUCCUCAACAAAAGAUUAUAUUUUGUACCCUGCACAAGGCAUAAUACAUUGGUAUUCUACUGUCUUGUCUUACUGAUCAAAAGCUUGCUCCUUCAUAAAAAUAUACAUCAUAAAGAAUGUACGUAAAUAGUAAACUAGGCAAAAGGCAACCAGGUUACAUGCAUUGGCACCUUGAUUAAUGCAAUAAAUUACUACACGAAUAUAAAUUAAUAUUGAAUUUUUGAACUGUUUUUUUUGCAGACCAUGACUAGUUUAUAAUAUUUUCUGCAACUAAACAGUAUAAUUUACACGUCAUUUUAAUUUCUUCUUCAUAAGGGAAUCCAGGAAAGAAAGGAUGAUAACGAUUGUAAGUCAAUUUCCUUUAUGCAAUUACAGGGCAGUCCCUUCAGGAUGUAAGAGGGAUGAGAGAAGCGAUAGAGAGGGGAGAGGCAGCAUUGGGCUCACUAAGAUCCAACCGGUUUGUUGUUGAUCAUUGUUAUUGUUGUUGUUGUUGUUGUUGUUGUUGUUAUUUUUAUCUGUGACAGUGUUAAAAGCUCAAGUUUACAAACAUACAUCAGUACAUCUCAUAAGAAGAUGCAACGGGUGGUACAGUCAGUGGAGAAUUUUGAUUCCAUUUACAAUCCAGAGUUAAUGAUAUUUGUCAAGAGUAAUUUUUAUCUCAUCCUUAUUAUAGUGACAGAGAAUAUCAGAGAAGAGACCUUCUCCUGCAACAGAAGAAGGAGCUGGAUGAAUCGUUGAGGAAGGACAAAGAGAAGAAGGUUAAUUUAAUGAAAUAGCUUCUUUUGAAAUUUUUACCACCUCUUAGUUCCAACUAGUGGAGCCUAGAGCAUGAAUACAUAUAGUAAUCAGUUCCUCAGCUAUAUAAUUGCACUUAUACUAGCUACUACACGAGAAAUUUCUGCAUUUUGAUUGGCUUAGAGCAGUGAUACUUCAGCUUAAUUUGAAAUACCUACAUGUGAAUUUAAAUUACAAACCUUUUGUGGAUAGUAGUAUAUAAACAAACAAUAGCAUGAUAUGUGAUAUUUGACAUACAUGUAAAUACCACUUGUGAUAUUUCAAAAUUGUCUCAAAUUUCACUUGCCUAACAGCUUGUGAAAUUACGUAUAAAAUAUCACUUGUGGUAUUUAUGCCAAAUAUCACUACAAAUCAUGCUAUUACCUAUAGAAACUAUUCUUAUGUUUACCUAUUGUUUUAUUUUUCCAAUUAAUUUUACUCUUAGAAUGAAAAGGAGAAUAUUCAUGAGGUGAGUGAGUCAUUCAAUACAACCUGUUGUAUUUUUUUUUUGUUGACCUGCUUAAUAUCAGAAAAUGGAGUCCCUGUGGAUAAAAUAUUGAAAGGCUUAAAAUUUAAUAACUAUGGUGUGGUAAAUGUCUUCCAAACACUGAAACUAAUAGUUUUGGUAAAGGUUUCACUACUAUUUAACUAGAGUACUAUACAUUGAUGCAUCAUUUCUUUUUACUUGUUGUGGCAUCCCAAACAAACACAGUGUGAAGUGCAUGAGUAAACAUUUGUUGUGCAAAGAAUUAUAAACUAAGGAAUUACAAAUGACCAUUUUUGUUGAAUAAAUUAAAUAGCUUACCUCAUUAGUUCAUACUCCCCAACACAAAUUAAUUGCAGAUGGCAGCUAUAGUACUGCAGCAUAGAACAUGCACCUUUAGGAGAUACUAACAAAAAAUGUAAACAAACAAACAAAAACAAAUAAAAUACAAAAAGGGUCACUCUUACUUGUCUUUUUGUUACUUUUAGGAGGAAAAAGGGGAGACUUGUGAGGUAAGUCACUAUUUUUGAGGCAAUUUUGGAGAAUUUCCAUUAAUGACAAUGAGACAUUAAUUCAAUAAGACUAUCAAAUUCAGUUUAUGACUGUGUCAACCACAGUCAAUAUAUAUCUUGACCAGAAGUUGAUUCCAUCAAUGAAGAGUUAGUUCAUACCAAUAACUGUGGAAUUAAAACAAAGAAACUGGGCUUGUUGUCUGCUGUCUAUUUAUUAACUAUCUUCAAAGAAAAAUCCUUUAGAUUUGCAACCCAAAAUGGAAAAAAAAAAGUUCAACUCUGUUGUUAUCUUGAAAGCGAAGCUUUAGGACCUCAAAAUUGAUGAAAAAAAUGUUAUACAUUGUAGUAAUAUUUCAACUUUCUAAUUAUUUCCAGCAAGAAGAUGAUGAGACUAGAACUAGUGAGGUAAAGUAA